AUUAGCUUUUAAAAGGUGAGAAUAUAGUUAGUCUCUGAUUGGUAAACUCAUGAUCUUAUGGAAACGAUUGAAAAUAAACAAAGCAUUCAUACCAGUAAGCAAGAACAUAUUUUAAUGUGACGUCGAUCUUAUUCGUUCAUUAUCUACAUAAACUUGAAUGAAUUAACAGAGAUAAGUUCAGUAUUAUUUAUAUUACAAGCAGUUCACCACAGACAAGAAAUGUCAUUAACUGUUCAACAAAUUAUAGUGGAUGCUAAGAAAUUAGUGAUUAGAAUAUCAGAUCAUGAAAAUACAGCAGAUAAUUUAAUAAGCGAAAUAGAAUCGGUUACUAGUCAACUUGAUAAUAUGAAGCAGUAUCAAGAAGAAAUAGAAAUUUUGAAUGCUGAAGCAAAACAAAAACCACAUUUACAAUUGAUUUCUGGAAUACAAAAAGGGAACAAACAUUUACAAGAAAUACAGGCAGAAAAUAAGGAAUUGAAGAAUGUAUUAGAGGAUUAUCAACAUACUCUCGAAUUAAUAAUGUCUAAAUACAGGCAACAAACAGCAUCUCUGCUACGUUUGUGCAAAACAGAUCUUACUUCAUCGCAUAAUGCAAAAUAUGCUAAUAUAAUUACAAGUCAAGCAGAGAAAAUUAAUGAAAUGGCAGCAAUAAUGAAAACUGCAGUUGCCUUAGAUGAAGAAAACGAAUUAAAAGAAAAAGAGUUGUAUUAUAGUUUAAAGGAAGAAAAUGCAACAUUACGAGAAAUUGUUAAUAUUGCAAAUAAAUAUGGCUCCUUGAACAAGAGUACUGAAGUAGAAAAUAAAACUGUUCAAACAGAUCCUGUAGUAUUAUAAGAAAGUUUGUAAUUUAUAUGUUCUUUAUAUAAAUCAUGUAUUAUUUAUUUUAUAUAACUAAAGUUAGAAGGAAUGUAUUACUUAUAUGUAAAAAAGUGCACAUACAAUACAUGUUCAAUAUCUGUAUACAUUGAACUUCUUAAAUGAAAUUGAAAUAAAAAAGAUAAUUUCA